UCCUAAUUCUAGUGUUCUCAAACCAUUUCAGAAUAUCUUGCAUCAUGGUGAAAACGUAGCUGUGGCCAUGCGCGGCGUAGCGGAUGGUGCAUCAGCUACGCAUCGCUAUCCCCUUAUCUCUGGCGACAUUGAUGCGUAAUCGCUCCGGCCUAAAUCAGGAGGAGAUACUACGAUACCUUCUUCUCUUCCUGUCGUUAGUGAGCUAGGUUCUAGUUAGGAUCGGCAUCAGGUGAUUAACGUGAUACGGAGUAUUUCAACUCUUGAUGACAAUCCAAUAUCAUUUGUGUUUGAUCCAUUCCCAGGAAUUUCAUAUUUACGGAAUAGGGAAGGAACAUAAAAGAGUUUGGCCGAUUUAAUAUAAUAAUAAUAUAAUAUACAGCCCGUUGAUUGCAUGAUGCAUUUCCAGCAUUGCAUCACCUCCGCCAUUCUUCUUGCCGCCUCCUGCUCCUCUUUAACAUUUGCUGAAGAAAAUCAUCAAAGCCCCUUUAUCGAGCCGUCAGAAAUCUCCUUCGAAACCCGCGCCUUCUGGAUCCGUCACGCGAACGACGCCCUCCGCUACCUCACCCCAUCUCCCUGCCCCUUUGAGGCUUUCGGCACCGUCAUCGUCAACCACUCCUCCACCCCCCCAGACAGCCCGCACGGCGCCAUGGUGUGCAUCGGCGCCAACGCCAUCGUCACCGGCAACCCGACCCUGCACGGGGAAAUCGCCGCCAUCAACAACUGCUCGGCCGUCCUGCAGUCGGACCCGUACCACCUCUCCGCGCAGGAGGCGCUCGCCGCGUUCGCGGAUCUGUCGCUGUACACGAAUGCGGAGCCGUGUGCGAUGUGCGCGACCGCGAUCCGCUGGGCGGGGUUUAAGGAGUUGAUUUACGGGACGGGCGAGGAGCGGCUGGAAUCAUUGGGGUGGCAGACGGUUGGGAUUAGGAGUCGGGAGGUGUUGGAGAGGAGUCGGGAUUUGUCGAGUAGGACAAGGUCGGUGGGGAGCGUGUUGAGUAAUGAGACGGAUCCGUAUUUUGCGUGGCAGUUUAAUCCGAUGGCGCCGUGUCCCCAGGGGUGUUUAAGGGAGGGGCAUGUGUGCUUUGGGCAAGAGACGGGUUGAAAGAGUUUGUAACCUGGAUGAGAGUUCGCAAGAAGGAGUAGUAUAAUGUAGAAUUUAUGAUGUUCAUGAUUUCGUU